AAUGUACACACACUCUCUCUCUCUCUCUCUCUCUCUCUCUCAACACACAUUUUGCUAAAUACAAAUACAUUCAUAUACAUCUGUGUGCAUAUGCACUUCCACCCAGAAAUACACAUGCAUAUUAUUUUUGAAAAAGGAGAAAAGAGAGAGAACCAAUAUAGAAACUUGCCAUGUUUUGCUCAAAGAAAAUUCAAGUCAUGUUUUUGUUUUUGGGUAAAAUUGAAUGCGAAAGCCAUGGGAUUUUUCACCACUUCUACCGAGGAAAAUUUGAGCUCUUGUAAAAGUGGCCUUUUAAAGGAGAAGCUUUCAUAAUAAAGACUUCUGAAUCUGCUGAAGACUAGCUUUUGGCAAAUGGAAAAGGACUUCUGAUAAGAAUGGAUCCUCAAGCUUUUAUUAGGUUGUCAAUUGGGUCAUUAGGACUCAGAAUUCCAGGAACACCUCUUACUGCAGCAAAAUCUGAUAUUCAUGCGUUCUCUUCUUCUUGUGUGUGUGAAAUCCGGCUGCGCGGUUUCCCUGUGCAAACAACACCAAUUCCCUUAAUAUCCUCUCCUGAGACAAACCCUGAUUCUCACAGCAUUGCCUCCAGCUUUUAUCCUGAAGAGUCGGACUUGAAAGCAAUGUUGGCACCUGGAUGUUUUUACACUUCUCAUGCAUGUCUGGAGAUAGUGGUUUUUACAGUUUGGAAGGGCUUUCAUUGUGGUGUUGGUAUCAAAAGGCAGCAAAUUGGGACGUUCAAAUUGGAAGUGGGUCCAGAAUGGGGUCAAGGAAAGCCAGUUAUUCUUUACAAUGGCUGGAUUGGCAUUGGCAAAAAUAGGAAGGAUAGUGGGAAACCAGGAGCAGAGCUUCAUUUGAGAGUGAAGUUGGACCCUGAUCCAAGAUAUGUCUUCCAGUUUGAGGAUUAUACUAAAUUAAGUCCCCAAAUUGUUCAACUUCAAGGGACCAUCAAGCAGCCUAUUUUCAGUUGCAAGUUUAGUCAAGACAGGGUAUCCCAGGUAGAUCCCCUGAGCACCUUCUGGGCAGGUUCAGGUGACGGUGUAUAUCAGGAUAUGGAAAGAAGGGAGAGAGGCUGGAAGGUGAAGAUACAUGAUCUCUCUGGCUCAGCUGUUGCAGCAGCCUUCAUAACAACUCCAUUUGUUCCAUCAGCAGGUUGUGAUUGGGUGGCUAAGUCCAACCCAGGAGCUUGGUUGAUUGUUCGAUCAGAUGCAUGCCAGCCCGAGAGCUGGCAGCCAUGGGGAAAGCUUGAAGCAUGGCGUGCACGUGGCAUCAGAGACUAUGUCUGCUGCCGCUUCCACCUUUUGUCGGAGGGGCAGGAAGGUGAUGGGCUUCUCAUGUCUGAGAUAUUGAUGAAUGCAGAAAAGGGUGGGGAGUUCUUUAUAGAUACUGACAGGCAGGUCCGGGAAGCAGAAGCAGAAGCAGCAGCAGCAGCGACUCCGGUGCCAAGUCCGCAGAGCAGUGGAGACUUUGCAGCACUGAGCCCGGUCGUAGGUGGAUUUGUUGUGAGCUGUAGAGUGCAAGGGGAAGGGAAAUGUAGCAAGCCAUUGGUGCAACUAGCCAUGCGACAUGUAACUUGCGUGGAGGAUGCAGCCAUCUUUAUGGCUUUGGCAGCUGCCGUUGACAGCAUCGAGGCGUGUAGACCAUUCCGUCGGAAGAUCAGGAGAGGUACUAUCCAUUCUAGGUGACAUCUAAUUAUUUUCUUGAAAGAUAUGAAGACCUUGACUUUCCUACUGUGGUAGCUUCUUGACAUUUUUGUAUAGUUUCCUUCGGAUUUUCAUAUCCUAAUCUGCAUUUUGGCUUUGGCAAUAUGGCCAACGAAAUGCGUAGUCCUGGUUACCGUACUGUCUUGAUUAUACGUUGAAGUCUUAAUCUUGCCUAUACUGUCGAUUCGUCCCAAUUUCUUCAUGACAUGAA